AUGAGUACCUUGGAUGAAGAUACCAACGAAGGCACGUCGCAGAGCUCAACCGCCGGCAGCCCGCGAAACCGGCGUCGGCAUCGAAGGCUGCGGCGUCACGCGGCCCCCGCCGGCGGCCUUUCCGACCCCUCCGACGCCGUCUCCGAAAGGGAGGACGACCCCGAGGACGGGCGCCCCCCCUUGGUUCCCAUCCACUCCAAGCCCCGGGUGAUCACCGAGGCGCUGUUUAUCUGGGAGACGGUCGCGAGCUUCUGCGAGCCGCAGCUCGUCUGCGAGUUGGAGCGUCUCUCCCGGGACGUCGCGGCGCACCUCGCGCGGUCGAACACGGGCACCCGCCUCCUGCAGCGUUACUGGCACGCGCAAUGGCGGGGGCUGGUCUGGCCCGACCCCCCCCCUUCCCUCGACCUGCGCCUACUGCGGCCCGCCUCCCUCCCGAGAUGUAACGGACGGGUGCGGUGGAAGCAGUCCUUCGUGGAAGAGUACCCCCUCUGGCUGCAACGGACAAUCAUGGGGAAAGGGAAGAACGACAGGGCCUACGACGCCUCGAAGGUCCUCUUCCAUCGCGAGACCCUCAACUUGCACAAGUCCGCCGAUGAAUUGGCGGCCACCGAGCUCACCGUCGAGGAGGCGUUGCAGAAGGCUAUCGCAAAACGGGGAAUCGAGGUGGGGAUGGAUGAAAAAGGGGAUCCGAAGGAACUCCUAAAUACUCUAAAGCGUCGUGGUCAGGACGGUGUGCGUAGCAACGGUACUGCGAGCCCACGGUUAGUCAAAGGCCUGAGCUGCCUUAACCUCUGCUCUCGAUCCUCACAAGAAAGUCUCACCCGCGAGGACUACCAAAUGGAUCAUCGACAAGGUUCCAGAAAGGGAAAACAUAAAAAAGGCUUAGACAAAAAGUGGAGCAGCUACGACAACUUUGGUGAUUUUGAUUAUUAG